CAGCGAAGACUAAACUUUUAAAAACACCUGGUAUCAUAAGAAAGGAGGUUCUGUCACUUGAAGGUUGUGCCAGGUCUUGUCUUGAGGCGAAAACAGUUAAAUGCCAUUUUUUCAAGUUUGUAAAUACUACAAAAAGUUGCUACUUAUCCGAAACUGAUAGGGCAGAAGUCCGUCAAGUCGUUGAUGAGGACACACGCAAUUCGAACAAAAAAGGUGCAAAAGGUGGAAGCUCCAAACACAAAAAAGACGGAAGUGUCAAACACAAAAAAGACGGAAGUGUCAAACACAAAAAAGACGGAAGUGUCAAACACAAAAAAGACGGAAGUGUCAAACACAAAAAAAAACCAAGACAUACAGCUUCAAGUAAUGGAGCUUCAAGAAAUCAGGUGUUGCCAAAGGACAGCAAUCAAGAAGAGCAAGAAAGCCAAAAGCCCAAAAAUGGAAUAAGUAGAGAUUUAAGAAAUCAAAAGGCAAAACUUGUUAAACAUAUGCAUGAAUAUGUAGAUAAAAUCAAGGCACACGUUGAAAAAUUGAAAGAGGCAAAAUCAAAAAUCCACAAAUUGUUUGGUAAUGUGCAAGGUAUUAAAACUGCUGUUGCACACCUUACGGAAAAGUACAAAUCAGAAAAAGGCUCAGUACAGACAUUACAUAAGUUCCUCCACAAAGCUUAUAAAAAAAUAUAUGAAAACAUAGAAACAAUUAACCAAACUACGGUAUCUCAAAAACAUCUGAUGAAUGUAGUCAAGAGAAUGAAGAAUACGUACGACAAAUUAUACGCUUAUGCAGAAAAGUUCAAUUCGUCUACAAACGACAUAAGGUCAGAACUUACAAAGAUAAGAAACUUUGAGAAGUCGUUAAAAGCACAUUUAGAUAAAAUGAAGAAAAACUCUGACAAAAUCGCUACACAGAUUGAAAAGAUUAAAUCAUCAAUACAGGGCACCAGCAAUAAUGAGACCGUACAGAAAAUAAAAAAUAACCAAAUAAUGAUAGUGAAAACGAUCAUGAGGAUACAUAGAAAAGGAAAGUCUUUCGGAAAGCAUUUUAGAAAAUUCCAAGAUAAGAUUGGUCGAAUAUCGACUGCAUUGAAAUCGGGUGUUAAGAGAUACAGGCAUUUAAAGGAUAGACUGAAAACAGUGACCGAUCUAAUAGAAAAUUUAAAGAAAAGGCCUGUAGUAAAUAUUAAAGGCGAUCCACAGAUCUCAAAGGACUUUAACGAGAAAUAUGCAGAAUUAUCAAAACUGCAGACGGUUGUAAUGGGCAGACUUAAAACUAUGGAAAAACAGCUGGAUAAGGGAGGACUAACUGGUAGUAUUAGCAAAUUGAAAGACAGACAACUUCUUAUUUUUACCAAGCUGAAUAAUGAGAAUGUCAAUCAGAAAGCUCAAUUGAAAAAGAUGGAUGCUUUAGAUAACAAAAUUAAGGAUUUUUCUAAAGCAAUGCAAACAAGCAAUGCCAACAUAAACAAACUUAAUGCCAAAAUAAAGAUGAACGCUAAGAGACGAAAAAUAGUGUCUGCUGGAAAAUAUAAAGCACGAAGAUGGUUGAUGGCAAGAAGGACAAAGGAAUACAAAAGAUUGAACCAUGUUGUGAAUACACUUAUUAAACAGAUAACCAAGUUGAAACACAAACAGACAAAAACUGAAGAACUCACAGCAAAUUACAAGAAUCUGCUUGAAGAGGUAAAAGGUUUAAAAGACAAAUUAGGCAAAACCACCAAGACACCUGUAGUCAAGAUAUUCAAUCCGAAGCAAAAGGUUACAGAGAAAGUUAGACCAAAAGUGACAAAAGUUCCGAAAGUUAAACCAAGUAGAGUGAAAAUUAUAAAGAAUAUUAGACCGAAAGUGACCAUUAAACCAACGGUUACAAUAAAGCCAAAAGUUGAACUCAAACCAAAAGUGAAGAAAAUAAAGAAGGUAAAGACAAAUAAACCAAUAGUUAAGAAUCAAAAGAAAAUAACUAAACAAGUGAAGAAAAUAAAGAAAAAUAUGUCAAAAGAAAAGAAAAUCAAUAAAGAAAUGCCAAAAGUGACGAAUAUUUCGAAAGUUAUGCCAAAAGUGAAGAAAAUUAAGAAAGUAAUGCCAAAAGUAACGAAAAUUACCAAAAUUAUGCCAAAAGUGAAGAAAAUUAAGAAAGUAAUGCCAAAAGUAACGAAAAUUACCAAAAUUAUGCCAAAAGUGAAGAAAAUUAAGAAAGUAAUGCCAAAAGUUACAAAAGUGAAGAAAAUUAUGCCAAAAGUGGAGAAAACAACGAAAAUUAUGCCGAAAGUAAAGAAAGUAAAAACAAUUAUGCCAAAAGUAAAGAAAGUUAAGACAGUUAAGCCAAAAGUAACGAAAACUACGAAAAUUAUGCCUAAAGUAAAGAAAGUUAAGAUAGUUAAGCCAAAAGUGGAGAAAACUACGAAAAUUAUGUCUAAAGUAAAGAAAGUUAAGACAGUUAAGCCAAAAGUAACAAAAACUACGAAAAUUAUGCCUAAAGUAAAGAAAGUUAAGACAGUUAAGCCAAAAGUGGAGACAACUACGAAAAUUAUGCCUAAAGUAAAGAAAAUUAAGAUAGUUAAGCCAAAAGUGGAGAAAACUACGAAAAUUAUGCCUAAAGUAAAGAAAAUUAAGAUAGUUAAGCCAAAAGUGACCAAAACUACAAAAAUUAUGCCUAAAGUAAAGAAAGUUAAGACAGUUAAGCCAAAAGUGACCAAAACUACAAAAAUUAUGCCUAAAGUAAAGAAAGUUAAGACAGUUAAGCCAAAAGUGACCAAAACUACAAAAAUUAUGCCUAAAGUAAAGAAGAUCAAGACAGUUAAGCCAAAAGUAAAGAAAGUUAAGACAGUUAAGCCAAAAGUAAAGAAAGUUAAGAUAGUUAAUCCAAAAGUGGAGAAAACUACGAAAAUUAUGCCUAAAGCAAAGAAUGUUAAGACAGUUAAGUCCAAAGUGGAGAAAACUACAAAAAUUAUGCCUAAAGAAAAGAAAGUUAAGAUAGUUAAGCCAAAAGUAAAGAAAGUUAAGACAGUGAAGCCAAAAGUGACGAAAACUACGAAAAUUAUGGCUAAAGCGUAUAAACAUAAGAAAAUGAUAUUUAUUCCAAAAGUGAAGAAAACUACGAAAAUGAUGCCUAAAGGAUAUAACUAUGCCCUUGGAAAAAAAGCAGCACAGAGUUCAACAUGGCAUUCAAAAUAUGCUGCUUCAAAAGCAGUUGAUGGAAAGGAAAACACGUUUACACACACAAAGAAUGAAAAAAAUGCAUAUUGGAGUGUUGAUUUGGGAAAAACAAUCAACGUGAAACAGAUCAAUAUUAUAAACAGAAAUAAUUGCUGUGGUAAUCGGCUGAAGAAUAUAGCGGUUACAGUUGGACAAAAUCGUCAUCAGAUGAAACUUUGUAGUAAUUUCAAAGGACCUGGUAAGACUGGACAAGUAAUAAUGUUAACAUGCAAGAGCCCAAUCUCAGGCCGCCAUGUGAAACUUUUGAGAAGCGGUAAAGGUUAUCUCAGUUUAGCAGAAGUUCAAGUGAUAGGCCAUACAGGGGAAAAUAUAAAACCUAAACCAGAAGAGGAAAAUAAAAACCCUAAACCAGAAGGAUAUAACUAUGCCCUUGGAAAAAAAGCAGCACAGAGUUCAACAGCGCAUUCAAAAUAUGCUGCUUCAAAAGCAGUUGAUGGAAAGGAAAGCACGUUUACACACACAAAGAACGAAAACAAUGCAUAUUGGAGUGUUGAUUUGGGAAAAACAGUCAAUGUAACACAGAUCAAUAUUAUUAACAGAAAAAAUUGCUGUGGUAAUCGGCUGAAGAAUAUAGCGGUUACAGUUGGACAAAAUCGUCAUCAGAUGAAACUUUGUAGUAAUUUUAAAGGACCUGGUAAGACUGGACAAGAAAUAAUGUUAACAUGCAAAAGUCCAAUGUCAGGCCGCCAUGUGAAAAUUUUGAGAAGCGGUAAAGGUUAUCUCAGUUUAGCAGAAGUUCAAGUGAUAGGCCAUACAGGGGAAAAUAUAAAACCUAAACCAGAAGAGGAAAAUAAUAAACCUAAACCAGAAGGAUAUAACUAUGCCCUUGGAAAAAAAGCAGCACAGAGUUCAACAGCGCAUUCAAAAUAUGCUGCUUCAAAAGCAGUUGAUGGAAAGGAAAGCACGUUUACACACACAAAGAACGAAAACAAUGCAUAUUGGAGUGUUGAUUUGGGAAAAACAGUCAAUGUAACACAGAUCAAUAUUAUUAACAGAAAAAAUUGCUGUGGUAAUCGGCUGAAGAAUAUAGCGGUUACAGUUGGACAAAAUCGUCAUCAGAUGAAACUUUGUAGUAAUUUUAAAGGACCUGGUAAGACUGGACAAGAAAUAAUGUUAACAUGCAAAAGUCCAAUGUCAGGCCGCCAUGUGAAAAUUUUGAGAAGCGGUAAAGGUUAUCUCAGUUUGGCAGAAGUUCAAGUGAUAGGCCAUACAGGUGAAAAUGAAAAACAACCUGUAAAACCAGAAGGGGGAAAUAAAAAGCCUGUCAAACCAGAAGGGGAAAAUAAAAAACUUAAAGCAGAAGGAUAUAACUACGCCCUUGGAAAAAAAGCAGCACAGAGUUCAACAUUGCAUUCAAAAUAUGCUGCUUCAAAAGCAGUUGAUGGAAAUGAAAACACGUUUACACUAACAAGGCACGGAAACGAUGCAUAUUGGAGUGUUGAUUUGGGAAAAACAGUCAACGUGAAACAGAUCAAUAUCAUUAACAGAAAAAAAUGCUGUGGCAAUCGGCUGAGGAAUAUAGCGGUUAGAGUUGGACAAAAUCGUCAUCAGAUGAAACUUUGUAGUAAUUUCAAAGGACCUGGUAAGGCUGGACAAGUAAUAAUGUUAACAUGCAAGAGCCCAAUCUCAGGCCGCCAUGUGAAACUUUUGAGAAGCGGUAAAGGUUAUCUCAGUUUGGCAGAAGUUCAAGUGAUAGGCCAUACAGGUGAAAAUGAAAAACGACCUACAAAACCAGAAGGGGGAAAUAAAAAACCUGUCAAACCAGAAGGAUAUAACUAUGCCCUUGGAAAAAAAGCAGCACAGAGUUCAACAUGGCAUUCAAAAUAUGCUGCUUCAAAAGCAGUUGAUGGAAAGAAAAGCACGUUUACACACACAAAGAACGAAAACAAUGCAUAUUGGAGUGUUGAUUUGGGGAAAACAGUCAACGUGAAACAGAUCAAUAUUAUUAACAGACAAGAUUGCUGUGGUUAUCGGCUGAAGAAUAUAGCGGUUACAGUUGGACAAAAUCCUCAUGGAAUGAAACUCUGUAAUAAUUUUAAAGGACCUGGUAAGACUAGACAAGUAAUAAUGAUCACAUGUAAGAGGCCAAUCUCAGGCCGCCAUGUGAAACUUUUGAGAAGAGGAAAAGGAUUUCUCACUCUGGCAGAAGUUCAAGUGAUAGGCGAUACAGGGGAAAUUAAAAAACCUGUCAAACCAGAAGGCACAUCAAAGAAAAGGCCAACAGCCAGAGUUAAAAAACAUGUUUCUGUUUAACGCAUAUAGAAUUGCAUCUAUGGUAACUUUUCAAUUUUGAAUAAGUUCUGACAGACCUUUCCUUUUUGUAUUUUUAAAAUUGUAUUAUUCUUUAGGAAACCCCUAAACCAACGUUUUUUUUUACCAGAUAUUUUGAUAGUAAGACGCACACGAUUUACUUUUGCAUAUAGAUUCUUGAUUAUUGUUUUACCAUAAUUCCAUUGAGGAAGUUAGGUAACUACCUCACAAAAUUUCUGACCAAAUAAUAAUAAUUGUGAGUAGAAAUUUACGUGUACUCCGUGGUAUAGAGUGAAAUAGUUCACAACAUUUGACUUAUCUCCCCUUUAAACAAGUAUGUAUAUUUCUAGGCUUAGACAAAUUGAAUUGUUUUUCAUAAAAAGGCCAGCAACUAUACUUUUUUUAAAUAGACAAAUCAUACUUUGUAAAAAGAAAAACUUUCUGAUUCAAGCAUGAAGUUCUGUGAAACUGUCAUGAAAUGUUAGAAUUUUUUUGACAAUACAUUUGUUUUAUUUUUGUGGGGUUUUUUUUUUAUAAUGGACUGGUGGUAUUCAUAUGGAAACCAACUGUUCCCGUUAUCUCACGGACUUUUUUCUUUAUUCCUAUGGGACAUCUUUCAUACAGAGUUCCAAAGAAGAAUGAAGUGAAGCUUUCACUAUCUUUUAAUUUAAAGUUGCUGUAUGUAGAUGAAAUAAAGGAUAUCACCACUCCAGCAUCUCCAUACGGGGUAUGUAUGUCCCCUUGAUACGGUCUUCUUUGCAGUUUUUUUUUUCUUUGUCUCCUUGAGAGUCGCUGCUUACACUUAAGUUCCUAUACCAAAGGUUAGUAAAGAUAUUGUUAAAAUCAACACUUUGAAAAUUACUGACGUCAUCCUGAUUUAAUUUUCCUUUAAGGGAUAUUUUUGUCGCAGAUGACCAAGUGCAUUUUGAAAUUGUAGCCACAAUUGAACGAACCCCAUCCUGCAUUCCUAGUUUAGUAACAAUCCAAUGUUUAUUAUCACCCAAUUGCUACUUGCAAUUAGCAAUUCACAUGGAAUGGAAAAUUUGAUACAAUUAGACGAAGAACAUUUUUUGGAGAUAUUUUCAUUGAAGGUUUAGAUUUGAUUUUUUACAUUAUUAUAAUUGAUAUAUUAAGAUUAGUUAAAUAAUGCGAUAUAUUCCAAGUUCAUAUGGUUAAUGACAGUCAUUGUUAUUGUCGAUCAUUUAACAGUAUGGGGGAGAAAGAGAAAAGGAGAAACUCAGCGAAAUCACUGCCUUUUUGAAAGGAUGUAUUAUUUAGCUUUCAUUUAGAAAAGCAAACUACUAGUAUUUCUGUUCAAGAUAUUUUGUCAUUAGAUAUUUUGAGUUUGUCAACUCUAGUAGAUUAUGCUACUACAUUCUGUGGCAAAAUAGAAAAGUGCAGAUUUUUUAACCUUGUUAGAAAAACUUAGGAUUUUUGUAAUUUUUGUUUCAAGAGAGUAAGACUUCAGAAAAACAAUUUCCUGAACUUUUAUAGUCUUAUUGUAAACAUUCCAUAGCAUAUAAGAUAACAUAUUAAAGAGAACUGUGCUUUUGUAAAUUUUGAAACUUUUAAUUGUACUGGAAAGAUUAUAGUACACCAAAAAUGAUAAAUUUGUAUUCAAAGAUCUUGUAGAUAGAAAUGUGCAUCUGCCAAAAGACGAAUUCUUCCAAUGGAAGUUAUUACUAGAUAUAGAAAUUGUUCAGAAUAUAUUAUCAUUGUAAAACAAAAUGUAAAGACACAUGUGUAGGAACUUUUCAAGAUAAAUUAUUGCUUUGAAAAAUUGCAACCAAUACUUUCUUGUAAACUUAAAGAUUCAAUACUUGGUACAUUUUGUAAGGUUUCUGUUGAUACCAUGUAGCAUUUGUGUUCAAUAGCACAUCUUAUAUUGGAAUCCUUUUCAAGAAAAUUGAAAAAAACAUUUCGUGAACUUUACGUUAAUGCAGACCCACAUUUGUCUUGGCCUUAAAAUGGAGUUUACUUUUCAAUUUGUUAAUUUUAUUCCAAAAGCUGUAUAUAAAAAUGCAAAUUGUAUGAUAAAAAACCGAAUAUUCUAGAGCUAAAAGUUGAAAUAAGAAAAUACCAAGCAAAUGAAUAUUAUAAAGCAAAGAAAAUGUUACCACAUAUUUUUUUUCCAAAAUGUUACAGCCCAGUAGAUUACAUUUUUACUGAUAAGUAUCAGUUACUUUUGAUUCAAACUAUGAUAAAAAAAAAUUGAAUAAACUUACAACGAAUAUCUUCUGUUCAUAUAGAGCAGAUUUUUGCUUGCCAAUAUAGCAUUUUCCUUUGCAAUAAACAAGUUAUGUUAUCUAAAUGCAAGUGUAAGAAUGUGUGUAUGUGUUCCAGUGCUCUCUAC